AUGGCUGGAUCGUUAUCUGAUAACCCCAGGGGCAGGCAAGCUGUCCAGAUUUCUUCUGUCUUCACUGGUCUGGCCCUCGUAAUCGUCAUCCUUCGACUAUAUACCCGGUUCUUUCUGAUCCGAUGCGUGGGCAUCGAAGAUGCUGGCAUAGCUCUUGCAAUGCUUUGCUCUAUAGGCCUGACUAUCGCCAUCGGUGUUCAGGCUGAAUAUGGUAUGGGCAGGCACACGGACACCAUCUCUGACCCUGACAUGGUCAGGUUCUUGAGGGCUUUCUGGUCCAGUCUCAUCGUAUAUUACCUAUGCCUCGGUUUGACCAAAGCAUCCAUGCUUCUCCAGUACCGACGUAUCUUUCCAACCAAGCAGUUCCAGAUCGCAAACUGGAUCACAAUGGCCGUCGUCAUCGGCUACACCAUCUGGACGGUUUUCUCCAGUAUAUUUAUGUGCGUGCCUGUACGAGCAUUCUGGACCCAUGAGAAGGCCACUUGCCUGAACCAAUUCGCCGUAUGGUUCACGAACGCCGCCAUUAACAUCAUCACCGAUUUUGCGAUCAUUCUGCUCCCUAUACCGGUCAUCCAGAAGCUGAACCUUGGCAAAAGGCAGAAGAUCGGACUUAUCUCGAUUUUUGCGAUUGGAGGAUUCAGGGGUGGCAGCAAGGCGCUGCGCACCAAAGACGAUUUCGUCCUAGAUGUGACAAAGCGGUCGAACAACUCGAGCGAGGAUGCGAGAGACAUACAAGUCAUUACGGAUAUCCAUAUAGAAGUCGAUGGCGCUGACGGAAGGAGGCUGAGCGGCUGGAGAACGCCCGCGUCGCAAGCGAACUGGUCAGACAACGUGUCCGGCAAGGAAACGCAGAGGGAGAACAGCACGGAGAUGCUGGUAGAUGAACAUGUGCGUGCAUCGUCGCGGUAG